UUUCCCCGCUUUCGACGUCUCUUCAUCCAGCCGGAUAUACCAUCCCUACCAGGCCAUUCCCGUGAGGAGCUUACCCAGCGCGAUGUCAAAUACAUGCGGCUUUACAUCAGCUCGCAUUAGUCUCAUGACCCGCAAGCUGAUCGACAAUAAUCCGAGGCACGUAUUCAAUGAUCCCAAACGUGGCCUUGCGAAAGCACAACUGGAUAUUGAGGUACCCUGAGCGUGACUUGAUCAAGACAAAAUGUCGCCCGGAGACGGAUUGACCAAGACUGCUUUCAGAAACCAUGAGACUUUUCCGAUAGCAAUUGUCGGUGGCGGUCUUGGUGGCCUUGCCCUUGCAAUCGGUCUGCUCAGACAUGGUGUCAAGGUACACAUCUACGAAGCUUCCGCAGCCUUCUCAGAGAUAGGCGCUGGUGUCACAUUCGGCGCCAACGCCACGACUGCGUUACACUUGAUCGACCCUCGAUUGCUGGAAGGCUUCAUGAAACAUGCAACUUUCAAUACAGAUCCUGAGCGGGAUGAUACUUUCAACACGAUUAGAUGGGGUAUGGAUGAGAGACGAACCCAUGGAUCUAAGGCUGGAGACCUCGCGUUCCAUCAGAACGACUCAUAUCAGCCACAGGGUGCGCUAGCCGGACUUCGAAUGCGAGGCCGUAUACACCGAGCGCGAUUGCUCGACGAGAUGGUUGCACUACUUCCUACGGACAUAACAAGCUUCAGCAAGAGCUUCGAAACCGUCGAAGAAGUGGGUGAUGGAGUCCUCAAGCUAACAUUUACCGACGGGACGACUUCACUAGCUAGCGCAGUCAUUGGCUGUGACGGCAUUAAAAGUAGAGUACGGGGCUUUGUAUGUGGUCCAGACAUCCAGCCGGAAUAUGCCCACGAAGUAGCGAUGAGAGCGAUGAUCCCAGGAGAGGAAGCCAAGAGGGCACUUGGAGAAGAGAUGGCUAUGAACAGCCAGCUGUACUGUGGCUACGGAGGAUACAUCGUAACAUAUCCUGUCGAGCAUGGUCAAUUUGUCAACAUGGUCGCCAUGCCGCACGACCAAUCCUUCACCAGUACUUGGGGUCAGGACGAUUGGACAGUAUCGACAAAUGGGGACGAGGUUCGCGAAAAGUUUAAAGACUAUUAUCCGCCGCUCAUCGAUCUCAUUGCCAAAUACCAUCUGCCCUCGAAAUGGGCACUCUUCACCCUCCAACACAAUGCAUCAUACUUCAAGAACCGUAAGUGUCUCCUGGGUGAUAGUGCACACGCGACGACACCUCACAUGGGAGCUGGGGCUGGCAUGGCUAUGGAAGAUGCAUAUAUACUUAGCCACCUGAUCGUUACUGCUGGAAGCAUCGACAACAUCGAGGCUGCAUUCAAGGCCUACGACGCUGUAAGACGGCCAAGGACGCAGGAGCUGAUUCAACGGAGCAUGGACGCUGCUCUAGCAUACGAUCUCAUGAUUGAAGGAGUAAAGGAUGAUAUGAGCAAGAUUGAAGAUAGGAUCAACGAGAGCUUUCAAUGGCUCUGGCAUGCUGAUUUGGAAGCGCAGUUGAACAGUGCGACAAUGCUCUUGAAGGAGUGACGUCGGGUUUCAAAGUCCACGAGUUGCUAAGAUUCGGUUGAGUAAUUGACAAUGUGCUCUUCUAUGGCUUCCAAGGUCUUCUCAUCUUGUCCCUCACGUAUCUAUCUCUUCAUCCGACUUUGGUUGAUGUUCGGUAGAGCUUCGGCUUUCGCUGUUCCACAGUACUAUUCUGACAAAUGUAGAUUACGUCAUAAGCUUCGGCGUUACCGCCACUGCCGACAGCAUUUCUCAUGCCCUGCCAAGCUCAGGUACCAU